UUUAUUUAGUGUUUGGAGUGGAAACGAACAACCUAGUUAAAACUAUUUACAGUGAAAUAAAAAUGAGAACACAUAUUUUAGUAACUUUAGUGGCAGCUGCUUUAUUCCUGCAAGGAACUCAAGCAGCAGCUGUCAACUAUGAUGAUGAUACUCCAAUCAGCAUGAUCGAUUUUGGCACUGCCUUGAAAAUGUACUACACAGCCUUCCAAAAAGUAAUGCCUUGUGGUUAUCCACCACUCAAGAUUCCCGUAUUGGCACCUUUCUCUAUGGACUACUAUGCUUUCAAUGUUAGCAAUGGCUACUACAAUAUUACUGGUAAUGUUUCCAAUAUGGUGGUCACUGGUUUAAAUAACUUCCGUAUUUUGGGUGGCAACUUCAAUACCACCACCAAUCGUACUACCUUUGAUUUAAUUUUCCCCGAAAUUCAAUCUUUGGGUGAAUAUGAAAUGGAUGCCAUGGCUUAUUUGGCCGGUUUCCCUGCCAAAAUGGCUGGUAAAGGUUUGCUAAAUGUAAAAAUUGUAGACUUCCGUAUGGUGGGCGAAUUCGCCUUAUCGCCCAGCUUGGAAAAUCCCAGCAGUCUAAGUGUUUCCGAUUUCAACUUACACUUCUAUGUGGGCAAUGUCAUCAACAACAAUUGGAACACUUUAUGGGACAUAUCAUUCAAUAAUUUUGUCAAUAAAUUCGGCAGCGAGUUGACUUUAAUGUGGGCUCAACAGAUUCAGGUGCAAGUGGAUGAAAUCUAUGCUCAACUUUUGUUGCCCAACAUCAAUGGCAUGUUGAAUGAUGUGUCAAUGUCAAAAUUAAUUGAAUUCUUUGUUUCCCAAAGCAUGGAGUUCGAUAUGGCUAAUUGUACUUUGGAUUAAAGUCUUAAGGAGUGAGAGUUAUUAAUGAAUAAACUGUGUUGCAUGUGUACAAUAUUCGAACGCAAUAAA